AUGACCAUGAUGCAGGCUUUUGAAUGGUAUGUCCCCGCCGAUCACAAGCACUGGGCCCGUCUGGAGAAGCAGAUCCCGCAGCUCAAGCGGUGGGGCGUCGACAACCUCUGGAUCCCACCAGGCUGCAAAGGGUCCUCGACCGAGGGCAACGGCUACGACAUCUACGACCUGUACGACCUCGGCGAGUUUGACCAAAAGGGCGGGGUCGCGACCAAAUGGGGCAACAAGGAAGAGCUGGUGCAGAUGACCGAGACGGCCAACCAGCACGGCGUAGGCCUGUACUGGGACGCUGUGCUCAACCACAGGUUCGCCGCCGACCGCAAGGAGAAGUGUAUGGCGCACGAGGUCGACCAGGAGGACCGCACCCAGCAGGUCAGCGAUGUCUACGAGAUCCACGCCUGGGUUGGCUAUGAUUUCCCGGCCAGGCAGGGUAAGUACAGCCAGAUGCAGUACCACUGGUAUCACUUCUCGGGCGUCGACUACAACGCUGCGAACGAGAAGAGUGCCAUCUAUAAGAUCAUGGGGGACAAGACAAAGGACUGGGCGGAUGCCGGCGACGUGGAUGGCGAAAAGGGCAACUAUGACUACCUGAUGGGAUCGGAUCUGGACUACGAUCACGAGGAGGUAGCCGAGGACGUGCUGAACUGGGGCAAGUGGUUGGCGUCCCAGGUCACGCUCAAGGGGUUCCGUUUUGAUGCCAUCAAGCACUUCAGCGAGGACUUCUUGCGGCGGUUCAUCACCAACAUGGACGAGACCUAUGGCCAGGGCUGGUUCUGUGUCGGCGAGUUCUGGAAGGAUAGCCUCCAGGACAUGGAACACUAUCUCGACAGGAUGGGCAGAAAGUUCUGUUUGUUUGAUGCGCCGUUGGUGUACAACUUUAGCGAGAUCAGCCAGGGCGACAGUGCAGAUAUGAGAAAGGUGUUUGAUGACACUUUGGUGCAGGCCGCUCCCAUGUGCGCAGUGACGCUCGUCAUGAACCACGACACCCAGCCAUACCAGGCUCUCGAGGCCCCCAUAGCCGACUGGUUCAAACCCCUCGCCUACUCGCUCAUCCUCCUCCGCGACAGCGGCUACCCUUGCAUUUUCUACGGUGACCUCUACGGCAUCAAAGGCGAGAACCCGUUCCCGCCGUCGUGCGGCGGUAUCCUACCCCGGAUCAUCCUGGCCCGCAAGCUCUACGCCUACGGACAACAGGCGGAGUACUUUGACGAGCCGACGUGUCUAGGCAUCGUGCGGUACGGCACCUGGGACCGGCGCUUUGGGUGUGCCGCUGUCCUGAGCAACGCGGGCGCCGCCUCCAAGAGGAUGCAUGUCGGCGAGAUGCAUGCUGGCGAGCGCUGGACGGAUGUCCUGGGCUGGAACGACAGGGAGGUGGAGAUUGGUGAGGAUGGCUUUGGAGACUUUCCCUGUGGCCAGUGCAGCGUGAGUAUCUACGUGAACAAGGAUGCAGAGGGAAGAGAGAAAUUCUCGGAAGAAUUUGACAGCAACAUUUACGAGGAAUGAAAUGCCCGAACAGGAACAACAUAUGUUGAUAUAGACGCGUAUGUUUGUGCUAUAUAGACUGAAUGAAGAUACAAUAUAGACGCUUG